AAACCGGAAACUCGCCUCCCUUCCCGAGGAUGCUAACCCAGUUAGCUGUGUGUUCUACGGUGUUUGGCUGGUCACGAACUGGUAAUGUAACGUCAGCCGAAAAAGCGGCAGCCAUUUCAUUCUCCGAGGGACGGGACACACAUUGAAGCCUUAAAACGUGACGUGGAAGCUCCACAAUGGUGAAAAUAUUCAUCGGGAAUCUGUCACCAGACACAACAUCAGAUGAACUUCGCUCUCUCUUCUCCCAGUAUGGCAAGAUUGGAGAAUGCAGUAUUGUCAAGAACUUUGGCUUUGUGCACAUGGAUGACAAAGCAGAGGCAGAAGAAGCCAUCAGCAACCUCCACCAUUAUGAGCUGAACGGCCAGCCUAUGAAUGUAGAAUUGAGUCGUGGCAAGUCAAGAGGAUCCACUAAACUACAUGUUGGCAACAUUGCCUGUACCAACCAGGAGCUGAGGGCCAAGUUUGAAGAGUUUGGUUCUGUGCUGGAGUGUGACAUAGUAAAGAACUAUGCUUUUGUUCACAUGGAACGAAUGGAGGAUGCGAUGGAGGCCAUUAAUCAGUUAGACAACACAGCUUUUAAAGGUGACCUCUUGGGCUGGGCUUAAUGGGGAGUUACCGGUAUAUGGAAGAUGUAGUAUCAAGAAUAUUUGAUUCUGCUCUUGUGAAUUAAUAGGUAAGAUAUGGAUGCACCGCAGGUGAGUAAAAGAGAGAGAUGAAGGGAUAACGGUAAGCUGAAGAAAGUAAGGGAGCCUUUAUUAUUUUAAAGCUGGUAUCCGUAAUGUCGUUGGUAACAGCCAUUUGUAUGGAGGAUUGUGGUAAAACAAAAAAGACUGACUUGUCAGGUCACACCUGUUCUGCUUGUUAAGGCAAGUACAGUCAGUUUAAAGAGUAAGUGUUUUUUUGAAGUGGGGUUGUAUAAAGUACAUAUCCACAGUCAGUGUAUUACCUACAGUAGGUGUCAUACCCAGUUUGGAGAAGCAGGCAGGAGUACCACCACAGAAACUAAGCAAUGUACUGCUGUGGACAGGGGCAGCAGCAAAAUAUGUUUUAGCCCUGUUGAAAAAAAGAUCAUUAUCAGUUUUAGUGUAUGAUAUGUUGAAAAUAAUUUCACCACUCUACCACACUGUCAGACAGCUUGUUGCGAUGCAAAAGCAGUUAACUACUUAAGUUCCCCAUCCAUGCUCUUGUCAGACAGCUUGUUGCGAUGCAAAAGCAGUUAACUACUUAAAUUCCCCAUCCAUGCUCUUGUCAAACCCACCAGACUCGAUGGACAAAAUAUGUAAUUUCAGCUUGCUGAACCCAGGAGCUGCUGGCCUACUGCUGCCUUAAUCAUUUAAUUUGUUAAUGCUUCUGUCAUGAAUAGCUAUCUGACUGCAAGGUAAAGCUGUGAAAGUAUUCUCAAUAUAGUGUACAAUAUUGAUUCCUUAUAGAAGAAGAAGAUAUGCUUUUAUUAAUCCCUUAAGGGAAAUUCAAUUUUUUUCACUCUGUUGUUAUAUACACAAAGACCUGAAAUACACACACAUGCACAAACAGGACCUAUACAUGCAUUAAAUGGAGAGAUGCCAGAAGGAGGGGGGCUGCCUUGGACAGGCCCCCCCAGUAGUUUGGGGUUCAGAAGGCAAACUGGCACCUCUCCAGCCACCAGUCCACGCUCCAUACGAGGACAUGAGCUGGCAACUUUUCGGUUCCCAAGUCAAGUCCCUGUGGACUGAGGUCAUGCUGCUUAAAUACAUUUUGUUGCUGCACUCGUCCACAGCAGUACAUUGCUUAGCUUCCACAGUGGUACUCCUGUCUGCUUCUCCAAACUGUGGGUGAGCCAACUGACACCUGCUGUAUGUAAUACACUGACUAUGUAUGAUUACCUUAUACAACUCCACUAUAAAAGAUCCAAUCUAUCACUUCAUAUUGGAGUUGCUGGUUAGGCCCAUUAAGGGCUGGAUAAACACAAAAACAUUAUGUGCAUGUAAUCAGGUUUAUACUGUAUUUGGUUUUUGCACGCAAAUUUGCCCAUGUGUUUAGAUUUUAGGCUGUACGCAUGGUUCUUGCACUCAGCAACGUGUGCAUAUGGCGAAAUUUUGAUCACGCGGCCCAUCACAACUACACGGAAAGUUUGAUUUCAUUUGUCAAACUUUGCUACCUGCUAACUUUACUAAGUUCAGCACUAGCUGAUUCAAAUGGCAAGAUUAUGUGCGACCUUUCCUGACAAUGCUGAUAUCUCUGCUACUGUAUGAAGAUUGAGUUCUUUUUGCAAGGGCAGGGUUAACGUGGAAAGUUACGGAUUUCAGCUUUAAUAAGUAUUUUUUUAAUGCUCAAAUUACUAGCCAUGUCUUAUUGCUACUUUUAGAGUAUAAUGCAGCUUUUUACCAGACUGAUGAGGAGAGUUUUGUAUGCCAGGCAGGAAAUGUUAAGUAUAUUAUUUAGAAUAAAUGCAGGCAUAAAUCCUUAUUGAGUGUUUUCUUUUUAAGGCAAACUGAUGAGCGUGAAGCUUUCGACUAGCCGCCUGCGCACUGCGCCGGGAAUGGGAGACAGAUCGGGUUGUUAUCGUUGCGGGCAGGAAGGCCACUGGUCCAAAGAAUGCCCUCUAGACCAAAAUGGCUACCACAG